ACCAGGAAGUAAGGAGAAAUUAUUACAGUCUGUACAUAGCUCAGGAUGUUAAAGGCAAUAGUUUCUGUCUGUUGGUUAUUCAUUCGCAAAACAGAAAAGAAAAGUCAGGAUCAGGACGGGUGGAACCACAGGAGCACGCUUGAAGCCUGGAGAGGGCUGUGGCACAGACAGGAAGAAGAGGCAUUUUCCUCCUGAACAACUGCCCAGUUCCCACUUGAUUUUGCUCUGGGGCAGCAGCUACAGCUGAAGAAAACCAGGAGGUGAAUCCCAGGCAGGGCUUGCUGCAACCAGAUCUGCGGGGACUGCUCUGAAACAGGACUUAGCACACUCUCCAAAGUAUGGUGAUUUGGAGCUGAUUUCAAAGUUACCUGGAGAAGAAGAGAAGAGAAAGUGGAUCUGUGGAGACGACGGGGAGAGGGAAGGCCCUCUCCCCCUCUCCUAACCAGGGCACCAUGGGCAAUAUCUGUUUGAGGCUCUGGGCAUACUUGGAACCCUGUCUCCCCUGCAUGUCCCAGGAGGCAGACAAGUCGGUGGUAAUUGAGAAUCCAGGGGCCCACUCUCCCCCUGAAGCUCCUCAGACUGCGAAACAUGAACCCAAGAGAAGCCAGAGGCACUACUUUGUGGCUCUGUUUGAUUAUCAAGCUCGGACAGCAGAGGACCUCAGCUUCCGUGCAGGUGACAAACUCCAAGUCCUGGACACUUCCCAUGAGGGCUGGUGGCUGGCCAGACACUUGGAGAAAAGGGCAGAUGGCUCCAGCCAGCAAUCUCAGGGCUAUAUUCCUUCUAACUACGUGGCUGAAGACAGGAGCCUACAAGCAGAGCCGUGGUUCUUUGGAGCAAUUAAAAGAGCAGAUGCAGAAAAGCAACUAUUAUAUUCAGAAAAUCAGACGGGUGCUUUUCUCAUCAGAGAGAGUGAAAGCCAGAAAGGAGAUUUCUCCCUUUCAGUUUUAGAUGAAGGAGUUGUGAAACACUACAGAAUCAGGAGACUAGACCAAGGGGGCUUUUUCCUUACCCGGAGAAAAACUUUCUCAACACUGAAUGAAUUCGUGAACUACUACACCACCACAAGUGAUGGCCUGUGUGUCAAGCUGGAGAAACCAUGCUUAAAGAUACAAAUCCCAACUCCUUUUGAUUUGUCCUAUAAAACCGUGGACCAGUGGGAGAUAGACCGCAACUCUGUCCAGCUUCUGAAGCGAUUGGGAUCCGGUCAGUUUGGAGAAGUUUGGGAAGGCCUCUGGAACAACACUACUCCAGUGGCUGUAAAGACAUUAAAACCAGGUUCAAUGGAUCCAAAUGACUUCCUGAGGGAGGCACAGAUAAUGAAGAGUCUAAGACAUCCAAAGCUUAUCCAGCUUUAUGCUGUUUGCACUUUAGAAGAUCCAAUUUAUAUUAUUACAGAGUUGAUGAGACAUGGAAGUCUGCAAGAAUAUCUCCAAAAUGAUGCUGGAUUAAGAAUCCAUCUGCCUCAACAGGUAGACAUGGCUGCACAGGUUGCUUCUGGAAUGGCCUAUCUGGAGUCCCAGAACUACAUCCACAGAGAUCUGGCUGCCAGAAAUGUCCUUGUUGGUGAGCAUAAUAUCUACAAAGUAGCGGAUUUUGGACUGGCAAGAGUUUUUAAGGUAGAUAAUGAAGACAUCUAUGAAUCUAAACACGAAAUAAAGCUGCCGGUGAAGUGGACUGCACCUGAAGCCAUUCGUACUAAUAAAUUCAGCAUUAAGUCCGAUGUGUGGUCAUUUGGAAUCCUUCUUUAUGAAAUCAUUACUUAUGGCAAAAUGCCGUACAGUGGUAUGACAGGUACUCAAGUAAUCCAGUUGUUGGGACAAAACUAUAGACUUCCACAGCCAUCUAACUGUCCACAGCAAUUCUACAACAUCAUGUUGGAGUGCUGGAAUGCAGAGCCUAAGGAACGACCAACAUUUGAGACACUGCAUUGGAAACUUGAGGACUAUUUUGAAACAGAGUCUUCAUAUUCAGAUACAAAUAACUUCAUAAGAUGAAUACUGAAGAAGAAGUAAUUGAGAAUUAAGAACAAAGAAUAACUAAUAAAGAAAUACAAUCUUCAAUUUUAUCAAUGAACUGCAAAAUCAGUUUUCUUGACAUAUUCAAGUGAUAGGGCAAAUUUGGCCAUGCAUUAUAAAAAAAAAAUUUAUAUGUGCAUUUUAUUGACUAGGAAAUACUGCCGGACAGUCUAAGAUGAUGUAUCAUUUUCUCACUGCCUGAUAAAAUCAAACAAACUAAAUGAAGUUAUUUUUCUUUGUAAGAGACACUUAUAUUUCUAUUUAUUGUUUGAAAAGCCGAUCAAGAGAAUCAACAGAUGAUAGUCAAUUUUUACUCAGUGACUGUUGUAGCAUUUUCCUGUUUACUGAUUAGAGCCGUUAUUCAUUAUUCCUCGGAUUGCUGAAUCCCAUCAGGCUGUUAUUAUGAAGGAAUUUGAUUGCUUUGCUGCACAGCAGGACCUGUGCUUUGAGAUUUUUUUUUCUCUUUUAAAAUAUCCUUUAACUACAAUGAUGGCAAAGCCGUGUUAAAUGACUUGAUUGUACUUGAAGUAAUUGCACAUAUUUUUUCCUAUGCAUAAAAAAAUGAAGCAGCUGUUGAGAAAAAGAAUUAAAAUCUUUCUCAUUUUGUGGAAGGAAAUGAUGGAAUUUUUCUAUACUUCAGUAUGUGUCAUCUGAUAAUCAUCUACGUUAGUUUUAAUCUUAAUGUUAAAGAAUUGGUUUGCAAAGCUGAUGAGUUAUUAUGCACAGAUAUAUGUGAGAAACACCUAAUAGCCCGCAAAAUCUGAGAAACAGGUACUAAAGAAGUUUAGGAAAAAUAAAAGGAAAGCUGUAGAAUGGCUGUGGCCUUCUGAAUAAUUACAAAAGAGCAGUACCUUCAGGCCAGUUUUUAAUUUACCACAAAGGAGGUCAAGGUCUAUUUCAGAUAUAGAGUCUAGUAAUAACAACUGAACUUAGUCGUGCAGUUGUAUAUUUUUUGUCUGGCAGGACAAGGUUUUAACUACCUUCAAUAUACAUUGACAUUGGUAGCAAUUUUACUGUUUUCUUAAGCAAUGGCUGUGUUAAAUUCUCCAAUUGAGAAGGAGAAGGACUUCUUCAAGGUGGUUUUAAAGACAAAUAUAAGUUCAAAGAUCUUCUGAUGCACAGAAAAAUGAAUGAAAUGUGCCAUGGUAAAUCAGGAUAUUUUGAGUAUAUUUUCUUAUCUUUCUUUAAAAGAAGUUGCAAAAACCUUCAAUCAAUAUGGAAUAAGCAAUCAGUAAAUUUGUGAACUCUUUUAACUGGGAGCAAGAGGUAGAGAGGGUUUGGGGUAUAAUAUCAUUAACAGCCCAAUGAUGUCAAUCAAGACCCAUGCCAUGACCUUCCCGACCCUCCCCUCUGCCAUCAACAUUGUUUUCAUUCUCAUGGUCACAGAUGUCUGUAGUGGCAACUGGGAUUCCUUUUUCUAUGCCUCAUCCAACGAGAGAAAAAUGGGAAACUUCUCUCCCAAGUUUGCAUAAAAAUCAUUCUUAUUUUUCUGCUCAAGUCAACCAGAGUCACAUGCCCAGAUCUGAACCAAUAAUACACCUAAUGUGAAUGUUCUUUGUUGAUUGGUUUUGGAGAAGGUCUGCCACUGAAACUGGGAAUGUAGUUACCUUCCCUGGAGACAAGUUGGUUUUUGGUUUAUCUGAAAAAAAUUAGAGAUUAGAGGCUGGAUAGCUGUCCACUGAGAAAAUCCUGUGAGAGCGAUUAACUAUUAGAAUUAACAUAGGCAUGUAUAUACCUAUCACCUUCCUCCACAUUCUCCCUACAUAUUUGUGUUAGGCAGAUAGGUAUGUGCAUAUACAUUAGAAUUGUUCCAGGACCUUAGACUGAAAUAAGUCGUAUGGCACUAAAGUUUAUAGAGCUAUGCAUAGAAGUGAAACUAUUUGUAAAAUAAGGUCAACAAUAUUUUUAGUCUGUAGGCUGAGUAUAGGAUAACUUUAUUUAAAGUCACCUAGACUAAUAAAAUCAAGUAGAUCAUAAAUAACCAGUUAUUUAUAAGAUUAAAAGAAUUAUAAAAUUAAAAUAAUUUCUUUUCCUGAGUUCAUUUUUUUGGGUUCAGUUCUGCUUGGGCAUAUAUAGGAAUGAUUGGAAAUAUUCCCAUUUCACUGUGCAAAUUCUACUACUAUAUAAUCUGUCUUUUUGUAGUAGCUGAUAAUAAUAAAUUUUUAAGUAAGAUUUGGUUUUAAAAUAUAAAAUGGAGGUUAUCCUUUCCUGUUUUAAUACCACCUGAAACUCAUUUAACUUACUAUGUUUGAUUCUUUGGGACAUUUAUGUUCAAGGUUCUGUCAAAGCAAUCUAUUAUUCUUGUUUUUACCCUGAUGGAUCAUGGAGAAAAAUAAUGGAUUCAGUUAUGAGAAGCAGUAAUAGAUUUUUUUAACUGACAUAAAUUUCUCUCCCUGUAUAGAAUAAAAGGAUCAGGAAAAGAUAAGUUGAAUUUUCCUACAAUGAGCCAGCUCUUGUUAAAUUUACUUCCCAUAAAUUGUAGAAAAGCACUUUUCACGUAAUGUUUUAUUUAUGUAAUUCAGUUAUUUGGAGGUGGUGGUGAGGGAUGGGAGUACAUCAUUUUAUGUGAUAUUUCAAAUCUCUCCUGACAAAAACGUUAAGAAUUUUUGUAAUAGGAAAAAUUCAAAAUUCCAUUAAGCCUCCUUUUAAGAAGGCAAGGAAGGAAAUAGGUUUAAAUUACCUCAGGUCAAGAGAGGCACAGAGUGAAACUCCUAGUAGUGGGGGAAGCUGAAUAUUUUGUCAUCAAAAACAAAGGUAAAGUCAAAGUGAGCAGCAAUUGCAAGCUGGGCUGGGGGAAUGGGUCACCUUAGAGGGCACUGAAGAGCAAGGCCUGUAAGGAAAUGCCAAGCUGGGCUCACUCACCAUGUCUACUGACAGCAUGUGUCUGCAUGGUGACCACAUGGAUCCAGUGAACCAUGAGGAACCCCAAACUCCUGUGACUCUCUGGUGGCCUAAAGGGAAUCAUGGUCUUGGAAAGUAGCCGCCCUGUAACCCAGCUGGAAUUUCCUGGAGGAAGCAGGGCCCAGCUGGUCCUGCAUGGUGUGUCCAACAUAUGCCAUUUCCGCAAUUGUGUUUUUCAUGGAAUUGUUAAGCACAUGCUGUCUGGGCCAAACAAUCCUGCUGGUCGUGUAUCUAUGGUAACUUCCUGGGAUCCUUUGCAAGGACAUGCAAUGUGAGUUAGAGUGGUGCUGGUUUGAGCACCUUUUCCAAAUUGCAUCAUGUUCUUACACUGAGAAAGGCUGCUCUUAAGAAAUAGUAAAUGAGGUCUGUACACCUUGGAGUUGGGAAUUACCAGUGGGCUCAUCUAGAAAUAUUUGGUUCUUUUAUUUAUUUCCUGUUAUCAUUAAGGAGAAGUUUUGGUUUGUAAUCAUCAACAUCAGGCAAAAAGUUGGUGUUACAGGAUCGAAAAACAAAACAAAACAAGCUGGGAAAUUUAGUGGAGAAUACCAACAAAUCUUUCAAUUCUGGGACCCCAGCAAUAUUUUAAUUUUCAUAGGGACAUCUUUUCCCAUGUAUUGCCCCAUAAACUGAAAUUUCUAUCUCUUUUUUUAUAUUAAGGAAAUAGUGUUGGUAGAUCUCUCCAAUUAUGGACUAAAUUCAGAAAAAAACUAGAGAGUAAAAAAUAGUAUGCAAACCUGAAUUUCAGAGGCUCUAACAAGUUUACCUUCAUUUAGAUUGAGAUGAUACUAUGUACACGGGGUCAAUAAGACUAAGUUAUAAGGAAAGAGAUACCCAAUUAUUUCCAUUCACUCCUCUUGCCUGUGUAAUUGAUUUAUCCAUUAGCCAUCUGAAGCAAAAGACUUCAAUGUAAAAUCUCUUUCAUUCUCAUGGAAAAUAAUCAACUCUUCCAGAAAAGGGUGACCAAUUCAGACAUACCUUAACUGUCCAGUUAGGAGUAUUACCCUGCAGCGUAUUCAAAUCAUAUGGUGUAAUAGCCAUGAAAUCGUAUGUUAGGGGAAAAUGGUUAAAAGCAACUAAAACUGCUUUGUUUGGAAGAAGCAAAAUGUUGCAAUAAAUUUCUGAGAUUUUAAAAUCCAGGCUUUGGUUAUACUGUUUGUGAAAGAUAAAACUGGUUAGUAUUAAGCAAAUUAUAUUUAAAUUUUAUGGUCCACAAAAUUUCAGGGUAAAAAAAAUCAUAGAUUUUAAUCAAGUUACAGAAUCCAUACUUAUUUAUAGAUUCAAAAAAUGAGAAAUGACACUGACUAGCCAGAUUAUUAUACUUUAAAGUUAGCAUAGUGCAAUUCGUGUCUCUUAAAUAUACUCAUGUUUCUGUGUGGUAUUCUUUAAUAUUGAUAUUGUGUAAUAAUAUGUGAAUAUAUAUUACACAUCAUCAGCUUUGGUGUCCAAAAAGGGACUGAAAAAGACCUCUUAAUUGUACAAUUGUUAUAAUGCUAUUAUCUGGACUCAAGUGUGACUAUUUUUUUUAAAAUUCUAUUUCUGGAUACUUUAAAACAUUAGGAAAAAGACUUUUUUGAAAAUAUAUUUGUAAUUUUACUUGCACUUGAUUUUUUAAAAUUAUUGUAAUUAAAUGUUUUUGUCUUGACUUUUAGAAGUUGACUUGACCAUUUCAGAAUUCAAAUUGGUGGUGGAUCCACAACAAAAAUUUACUGUAUUUCCCUGCAAGUAAAGUGUUUCCUCAUUUGA